CGCACGCGCGGUGGCUGCGCGGAACCGGGCAGAGGGCGGUUAGGGCGCAGGGCGGCCCUGGCUUGGCGGCCCUGGCUUGGGGGCCCAGGGAUGCCGCCGCUGCUCAGAAUUUAUCUGCUGUGGCUCGGGCUCCUGCUGGUUCGUUUCUCCCGUGAGCUGAACGACAUUAGCAGAGCCAGGAAGUUGUGCGGCAGGCACCUGCUAGAAGAAAUAGUAAAACUCUGCGGCAAUGUUAGUUGGAGCCACUUUGAGGAGGGAAAUCCUUUCACACAGCUUCUUCCCCAGGCUAUGGAGAAGGUUGAAACUUUCAUCCCCGAUCGGUUGGAAAGCCCCCAAACCACCUUCCCGGUAUGGGGGAGAGGCACAGACACAGUCUCUACUUCUGCCUCUCAGGAAGAAGCAAUAAACAAUUUGAAGAUGCAGUCGCUGGCCGAGUAUCAGUACAGAAAGGCCAACUUGCCUUUUAAGACAAGACAGGAGGUAUUUUCCUCGUCAGAAGAUAUCAAUUCAUAUAUUCGUGAGAUUGUAGAUUUUCAGAAGAAAAGUAAAAACAAAAUUAAAACCGUAAGCCAUUUGUUUUGGGGGAAUCAUCCCCAAAGAAAACGCAGAGGAUACUCAGAAAAAUGUUGUCUGAAAGGAUGUACAAAAGAAGAACUUAAUAUUGCAUGCCUUCCAUAUAUUGAUUAUACAAACUUAAAGAAAGAAGCAUUGGCAUUUGUGACUGAGAUAUACUAA